AUGGCGGAUACGGCAAGGGAGGCGGGAUCUCCCCCAAGCACUGCUUCCGAGCAUGGCCAGUACCCGGAGAAGGGCACGGUUCAAUCAUCACAGCUUGCUGCUUCCGAUACCGCGUCCUCACGGAGCGAACCCAGGCCGCACCUUCACGCAAAGACCUUUUUGGCUGUCUUUGCCAUUUGUGUUAUCUACUUUGUUCAGAUUUACAAUGUCGUCGGGAGUGGAGCUCAAACGAACACUAUCGCCAUCACACUCGGAAAUGGAAGCACGGCUGGCGGAGUAUGGCUUUCGUCGUCGAUUGCCAUUGGUACCGCCGUGCUGAGUCCCAUCUUCUCCCAGUCGGCUGACUAUUGGGGUCGUCGUUGGUUCUUGGUUCUUUCUACCCUCAUUGGUGCCGUUGGCUCCAUCAUCGUGGCCCGGGCCACCUCGAUGAACAUGGCCAUUGCCGGCUUUGCCAUCACUUCCAUCAGCUACGGCGCUCAACCCCUUUUGCACGCCGUUUCCUCGGAGGUUCUUCCGCGCCGGUACCGCUCCUGGGGUCAGGCUGCCGACCUCGUGGCCAACGGCUUAGGUGGUGUCACUGCCCUGCUUUGCUCCGGUGCUUUCUCCCGUACUUCCAACGUCCCCUCCGAGGGCUUCCGGAAUUACUGGUACCUCGGCACCGGUCUCUUCCUCCUCGCCACCGUUCUGUGCUUCGUCUUCUACAACCCUCCUCAAACCGAGCGUGAGCGGUCCUUCUCCUUCUCCGAGAAGCUCGGCAAGCUCGACUGGGUCGGCUACUUCCUUCUCACCUCCGGCAUUGUCCUCUUCUGCAUUGGCCUCUCCUGGUCCGAGAACCCGUUCCCAUGGUCGGAUGCCCACGUCUCGGCCACCUUCGGCGUCGGCAUGGCUCUCAUCAUUGCCCUCGCCGUCUACGAGACCUUCUUCAAGAAGGAUGGCAUGUUCCACCACGGCCUGUUCAAGAACCGCAACUUCCCCAUUGUGCUGGUCUGCCUCUUCUGCGAGGGUCUCGCCUUCUUCGGCGCCAACAACUACUUUGCCUUCCAAGUCGGCAUCCUCUACGAGUCUGACGCCCUCCUCGUCAGCACCCGCUACUCCAUCGCGAUGUUCGUCUCCCUCUUCUCCGCCGUCGCCACCGGCAUGUAUUGCGCCCACUACAAGCGCGUGCGCUGGAUCACCGUCGCUUCCUUCUGCAUCUUCGUCGCCUUCUUCGCUUGCAUGUCCACUUCCGGCGUGGGAACCAACAACGAGGUAUGGGGCUACCCCGUCCUCCUCGGUACCGCUCUCGGCAUGUCCCUCUGCGUUCUGGUCACCGUCGCCCAGCUCUCUACUCCGCCCGAGCUCAUUGCAAUUGCCUCGGGCCUGGUCAUCGGUCUCCGCUCGCUCGGCGGGUCCGUCGGUUUGGCUAUCUACAAUGCUCUCCUCAACGGCGCUAUGGGUCACUUGGGUGAUAACAUUGCUAAAGCCGUCCUCCCUCUCGGCUUGCCGCCUCAGAGUGUGGGACCCUUGAUCGGUGCCCUGGCCGAUCAUCACGAGGAGCUUAUCCCGAAGAUUGAGGGCGUGACGCCGCAGAUUAUUGGGGCGGGAGUGGAAGCGCUCAAGGAGACGUUUGCGACGGGGUUCAGGAGGGUCUGGAUCGCUGCGAGCUGCUUCGUGGCGCUGGCGGCGAUCUUGGCGUGUUUCUUGAAGGAGGAGGGCAAGGAGUUUAAUAUGCGGAUUGAUAAUCCGAUUGAGAAGGAGGAGGAGUUGUAUUCUGAUGUUGAGAGGGCGCAUGCCUAG